UGUUAGCAGAUUUAUAUGGAAGUGUUUCCUGAACCAGAGCGCUCACAGAUUCUCCUGGUCCGGCGACUCUGCAACUUUCUCACCAUGAGCUUCAUCAGUGUGCUGUCCUGCCUGAGCCUCUUGCUGGCAGUGGGUGUCGCCCAAUACCCCAAACCCUGUGUCGUUCCAGAGCUGCUGAGUGGAGGGCUCACUGUGAUGACUGGCGAUGGACUCAUCUCCUCAACGGGAUUAAUAACCUAUGAUGCUUUGGGACAGAGGAUGCGAGUUAAAAACUUUGGAAUUGGUGACAAUCAGGACUUUGCUCUGGACCAGCUGAUGCUUUUUAGAGAGGGGGUCUAUUACGAGUCCAACUGGAAAACACUCUCUUGCAAGAAGAUGAAGCUGGAUUCCUCCUUCAUUCCCAUGCAAGUUCCCCCUGAUGCUAAACUGAUGGGUCAGGUGUUCAUGGGCUCCUCCUCCUCUUGGGGAAUGGGUGUGCUAACCAACACCUGGUAUGGCAGUCUUUCAGAAAAUGGCUUUUAUUCAACUGUCUUUACUGAGAUCGGCUGCAUCCCUGUGUCCUUCACAAGCUAUACUCCACAAUCUGGGUGGCUCACUGUCAGCACCUUCAACUGGGUAAUUGGCACCUCAAACCCUAUGGACUACUUGCCUCCUGAUUUCUGUGCCAACUCUGAACUGGAGGAAACAGAAACACCACAUAAUUUCUUCACUGUCAUGGAGUCUCUGGCCAUGAAGAGCAAGAGAAUAGAGUAAACAUCUUGAGCAUCUUGAGCAAGAUAAUUACAGAUAAUUACAAAUCCUGUCCCUCAGCAGAAAUCCAUAUUUGACCUGAAUGAUUCAGUCAUCAUCAUGAGAUGAUCACUGGAUCAUCAUGUCAUUUUAAAGUUACAUUAACAUGACAUCCAGCAGAGUUGUCAUCUGCAAUUCACAGACCUUACCUUUGGAUUGUAGGUAGAAAAUGUAAAUUAAAAAAAUCUAUAUUAUUAGAGUGAGAACUACAGAUACGCAGUCAACACUACAUAAAGGAGACCUUCAAAUAACAGAUUUCAGAUUUGCUUUGUCUUCUGUCUUUGUCAUUAUGUCAAUAAAAUUAUUUGCACUUAAA